UGGGCGGCGGCGGCGGCAGCGGCGGCGCCCGGGAGCCAGUGAGGCUUGGCGCGCCCAGAGCCUUUGCCCAUGAAUGGGACUCCGCCCUGAGCGCCCCCUCUGGGGCCUGGGGAGGCGGCGGCGCGGCGGCUGGGGGCGCCCCGCUACCCCGCAGCUCUGAGCGGCCACCCGCGCAGCAAGUUGGGCGAGUUGGCGGCAACCCGCACCUGCUCCCUGGCCUUGACCCCAGAGUCUGCGUCCGGCUCCGGGGGCGCGCUCCACAGCCUCCCGCCGUCGUCCCGGACGGCCUGGGGGCCCCGCCUGCGCUCCCAGCGCCAGACCAUGGUGGGCAGCUCAGGGCCGGAGCCGCAGCAGCCUCGAGCCGACGUCGCCCGCAGCCAGCCCCCGCCCCGCCCGAGCCGACGCGCGGGGGUUCGCAGCGCGCCGGUCACUUCCUUCCUCGGCCGGGAUGGGCUGCGCGGGAGCGAGUGAUCGACCUCGCGUCCGGCGGGUAAUCCCCAUCUGAUCUGCUGCCUGCGAGCUGCGGACUGCCGGGCCGCGUGAGCCUGGGGGGCCCGGGCACCGCGGCGAUGACCUGAUCCCGAGCCCACCAGGGCGCCCCCUCCUUCCCUCUUCCCUCGCUCCCUCUGAGCCUGUGCGGAGACCGGCUCCGUGCGGCGGCACCGGGCGGACCAUGGCGGGGAGCUCGAGUUAAGGCGUGUGGGCGCCGAGCUGGAGAGGACACCUUCGGCAUCGCUGCCUUUUGAGGGGGCUUAUUUAAACUACUGAGUCAUUCCAGAUUUAGGAUUCCCUAAAUAAUCACCAACUGUGCCCGUCUUGUGCCAGAAAGCGAGCAGAAAGAGCAAGAGCGCCCGCUCUUGGGACCCCGCGCAUUCCCGGCGCUCGCCUCUCGCGGGUUUCUCCCCGAGGGGUGCUUGGCCCUCGAGGAUCUCCCUCCCUCCGUCCCUCCCUCCUUCCCCGUCCCUCCUUCCCUCCCCCUCCCUCUCCUCCCGCUCUCAUCGCAGCGCUGCUGGCGGGGAGUCGCGCGCACCGCAGCUGGAAACAGCUGCCCCCGCCCCGCGCCCCUACCCCGACUCCGGCUCACGGCUCCCACUUCACGCCUCUCGGAAUUCCAGAACUCCGGCGGCCGGCCUCUGGAGAACCGCAGCCGGCGCGAUGCAUUCCGUAGACCUCACCCAGCCGGGACGGACCUCCUAAUCUCCAGAACUGCGGGCCGCAGGGAGUUAAAUUGCUGCCUUCCUCUCCUUCUCUCUGGCGGUUGGUGGCUUGUUUUCUAAAGGAACGUUUUAUUCACUUUUUAGUAUUUUCUACCGGGGGCUCGCUACCCGCCUCGGUCCGGACUCUGCUUUGUAAACGGGUUUUAUAUGUAUGUAUGUGUAGAUAUACUUUGGACACCUUACAACGCUUGCGCCUCUCCAACGGGGGCACGGCUUGUUGUUUUGGACAUCCUUCUUACCCUUCCACUUGGUACUCUGAACGCAGUGUGACCAAACUCCCCACUGCCCCUCGGAUGCGGAUCGCCGUGGGGUGCAAGUUUGGGGUGCAAGAGUCUAGUUAACUGGAAGGCCUGGGACCGCCCCGCCCCCGCUGCCAGCGGUUGGGGAAGUUUACAUCUGGAUUUUCACACAUUUUGUCGCCACUGCCCAGAUUCUGACUAACCUUGUGGGCGUCGGGUUUUCCGUACUGCAGCCUCCUCAAAUAUUAGCACUGCCUCCCCGCGCCUGCCCUGUCCCUCCAGGCCGCCGAGGUCCUGCCCUCGCCCCGGUGGAGCGCGAUCCCGAGGGCGCAGUGGAGCCCGGGGCCUGGGGCCCGCGCUGAGCAGCUAUGGCUGCGGCGAUAGCCAGCUCCCUGAUCCGGCAGAAGCGACAGGCGAGGGAGUCCAACAGCGACCGGGUGUCGGCCUCCAAGCGCCGCUCCAGCCCCAGCAAAGACGGGCGCUCCCUGUGCGAAAGGCACGUCCUCGGGGUAUUCAGCAAAGUGCGCUUCUGCAGCGGCCGCAAGAGGCCAGUGAGGCGGAGACCAGAACCCCAGCUGAAAGGAAUUGUGACAAGGUUAUUCAGCCAGCAGGGAUAUUUCCUGCAGAUGCACCCAGAUGGUACCAUUGACGGGACCAAGGACGAAAAUAGUGACUACACCCUCUUCAAUCUAAUUCCUGUGGGCCUGCGUGUGGUGGCUAUCCAAGGGGUGAAAGCCAGCCUUUAUGUGGCCAUGAAUGGUGAAGGCUAUCUCUACAGCUCAGAUGUUUUCACUCCAGAAUGCAAAUUCAAGGAAUCUGUAUUUGAAAACUACUAUGUGAUUUAUUCUUCCACACUGUACCGUCAGCAAGAAUCAGGCCGAGCAUGGUUUCUGGGACUCAAUAAAGAAGGUCAAAUUAUGAAGGGAAACAGAGUGAAGAAAACCAAGCCCUCAUCACAUUUUGUACCAAAACCUAUUGAAGUGUGUAUGUACAGAGAGCCAUCACUUCAUGAAAUUGGAGAAAAACAAGGGCGUUCAAGGAAAAGUUCUGGAACACCAACCAUGAAUGGAGGCAAAGUCGUGAAUCAAGAUUCAACAUAGCUGAGAACUCUUCCCUUCGUCCCUCUCUCAUCCCUUCCCUUUCUCCCCCCUACUCUUCCCAUUUCCUUCCAAUAAAUCCACCCAAGGAGAGGAAAAUAAAAUGGCAACCCAGGACCUAGUGACUAAGAUUCUGCACUCAAAAAUCUUCCUUUAUGUAGGACAAAGAAAUUGAACCAAAGCUUGCUUGUUGCAAUGUGGUAGAAAAUGCACAUGCACAAAUAUUAGCACACAUAAAAUCAAGAGAAAAAAAUAAAUCAAGACACCACAAUAUUGUGCUGUUAUUAAUAGAAGGCUAAUUAUAAUGAAAACAUAACUAUAAUAAAUUUGAAAUAAAGUUAUUAUCUUAAAGACAAGGGUUUUGGAGAAUUGAACUUACAAAUCAAUGUAAUACCCUGAAUAACUUAAACUUUGGAUAAUGCUGUGAUGUGUGCUUCCUGUCGAAUUUGAAUUUUCUUUGACACAUAAUUGACACAUAAUUGCAUUCUGUUUCCAGGAUUUUUUUUUUUUUACCAUGGUAUUAAACAUGUACAAAUUAUAGAUUCUUCUAAUUCCCAUAUGGUUGGUAUAAGCCAGAAAUCAUUUAAAAGUUUAAAGUUUUAUUUUUGAAUUUGUUACUUACAAUUAUUUUAUGCAAAAGAUAGACUUCUGUUGAAUUUAAUAGUAUUAACUCAUUUUAUUCCUUUAUAAAAAGUUUCAGAUUCACCUAGGAGAUUAUCAUAUUUUUAUCAAAAUAAUUAAUCUAGGAUCUCAUUUUUUUAGUUAUUUAGAAAAAAAUGUAUUCUAAGGCUGAGGUUACUUUUGAGAAUUCUGUGUCAUUGACAUGCUUGGGCAGGGAUGAAUAAGUUAUAUGCACUUAUCAUUUGGUCUGAUUUUUCACAUUGUGCACAGCUUGGAGAGUAUUGGUUCAUGUCUAGCUGUGGUAAAGAGUUUUGUACCAUCUCUUGCAGCAGGAAAGAAAGAAAAAGGGUUUCACACAAGGAAAUAAAUCCUAGGAUAUUGGUCAAAGCAAAUUGUUUUUGCCUUUGUACCAACAGAAUUUUGUGUAUGUAGCACUUUCCAAACUUCACCAAGAAAUUGGGAGGCAUGAAUGUGAAAUUUCUAAUUUACUAUCUCAUGAAGCCAGUGGCUUGCUUGUUACUACAUAUCCUUGUUAAUAAGUCUAGUUGACAGUAACUGUCUCCUAGAACACAGAAGGGAAGUUGAUACAUUGAAUUUUCAAGGGGCAUAGAGAAAGGAUAUAGAAUUAACAGCUAUGGUUCCAACACACAGGGUUGUGUGAGCUUAAAAUAGUUAAAAAAAAAAAAAAAAAAAAAAAAAAAAAAAAAAAAAACUCAGCGUAAGGACUGGGCAAAUGCAUAGUUAGGAAUACUAAAGUAUUAGGAAAGCAUUAGAGAAGAAAUGAAUGUAAUACAAUUGUCUUGGGGGGAAAAAUAGAUCUACUUAGUCCUACAAAUCAGGAAUGGUAUAGAGACAUCCAAAUUAAAACAGAAUGUUAAAAAAAUGUAUGCAGAAUUAUGGAUAUUAUCAAUGAGAAGACUUAGCAUGUUACUUCUCCUAUAGCUCUACUGUCCAGCAUGUAUUAUUCCAAAUAUGACUCCCUAAAGUAUAUACACUUUGCAGAAGCUCUAGGCCUUCACUUAAAUGACCUUGCCAUUGGUUGCUGUAUUCUUUCAAAGUCAAUGUAGUUACCCUCACUCUACACAAUCAUUAUUCUUUAAUAGUGGUUUGUGUCCUUCACCAAGUAUUCUAUUUAUGUUAUCAGGAGGUUAGCAGAAAAUGAAAUGGAGGAAUUUGCCUUAUUGUUUGUAAAGAAUACAAGUUAGGCAUCUAGACAAGUAUUUUGAACACACAUUUGCAAAAGAUAUUUGUUUAACCAAAAUAUUUUGAAAGCAUUACAUUAAAAGGGAAAGAAAAAAAAAAAAAAAAGGAAUGUUGCUCUUCUAGGAAAAGAAUACCCUUGUAAAAAAAAAAAAAAAUUACAAAUCUGGUUGUAUUUCUCCUUGUCACUCUUAAUUCAACUUGAUUUUGAAUACACCUGUCACUUUUAGGAACAAACCAAUCCUAAGCACAAAGCCUUGUUUUCUUUGAAAAAAUAAAAAGAAAGAGGCUUCUACAAAAUGGGUCACGGGCUCAUAUAGCAUGAAAUGACAAGAUCUUAUGGUGAUACACACACCCCACAAACUCAUCGGUAAUAUAAUUGACUGUUUCACAAAGUGUUAUUAAUUACACUAAUGACUUCAUGAUAAUAUAUUUAAUCCAGUUAAAUAUUAUGAAAAAUGUGAUAGAGAUAUAAACUCCCAACACCAUUUCCCCCUCAGUUAUCAAUGGCUGUCCAUCAUUUAUCACUGAGACUCAUAUUUGACUUUUUCCUGAUAGAAAUUAAGAAACAGAAGUCUCACCACCCAAUUUCUAUAUAUUUUUUUCAUAUCAUUUAAGCAAAUGUUGACCACAGUAAAAUGUUUAGAAAUUAGCUUUGCCUUAUUUACAAUUAAUUUUGAAGUAUAAAUUGGAAACCUACAUAUAUAUAUAUUAACCUGACAAAAACUGUAGUUUAGAGCAUAGGGUGAACAUUCCCUUAACUACUGCUUACUUUUUGAGUACAUAAAACCUUUAAUAGAGAAAGUCAGUAUUCACUGUUUAGGUUUUCAAACAAUUACCAAAUAUAAACAUAAAGUUAUCCUAUUUCCUCCAAAAACAUGAGCCAAUUAGUUUGUUUUUCAGGUUUCAGGUUUCUUCCAAGAGAAAGAAUUCUUUACUUUGAUUUUCGUCAUUCUAAUUUCUGGGUCUCAAUUCAUCCAUCUCUCAUGUUCCCAUAAAUAAAAUAAGCUCUUCUUUUAAUGCAUUGGGAUAUUCUCAGGAAAAAUACAACUUUUAGUAAAGCUUUGUUAUUGAGUAUGUACGUAUAAGUUAAGAUGUGUUUAUUCUAAGAGUCCUUAUUGUAACGUGUUUCAAAAUCAAUGGGCUUAAGAAUGAAAACAAAACUUUUGAGAAUCUCCAAGUAGUUUUCUGGUCAAUACACUUCACUUGAUUUUUAAGCUAGAAGUUUGAGGUACAGAAACAAAAUGGUGCUGAAGUUCCAUUUGCUAAUUUAGAGCCUUUUGUGCUUCAGGAAACUGGAGGACAGCCAGCCAACCUGUUCUUGAUCACAGUAAUAGUUUGGGUUUCGAAUUUUACACAUGAAUUUCAUAGCACAUUUUUAGCCGCUAUGGAUUGGCGCAAUAAAAAUACAUCAAUUUGAUGUAAAUUGUGAUGCUUUAUGGGCCUCAUUUUAAUACAGAUAACUUUUUAGAAGGAUUCUUCAAUUUAGGAAAAUGACACUGCUCUAGAUAGGUAUUGUGUCUAUGGAUGGUGGUCCUGUGGCGCCACCAGCAAGAGAUGAGAGCAUUAAGGGGAAAUUGAAGGAUGAAGAUGGCUUAUUGUGUAUUACAAAGUUUGAAGGUCUUAAUAGGAGACCACUGAUUUCUUGGUGAAGAAGCAUGACUACAUCAAUAGUAAUUUUUUUAAACACAGACUCAGAAAUAGCAAAUCUACUAUUCUACCCUCAUGGCUUAGUCUACAAGCCUUGCUCUGAGAAGGUUUUUCCAUGAUGUUACUUAAUUUCGUCUGCACAAGGUGAGACACACUCAGACAUCAAAAUUCCCUGCUCAUUUUAAUAGCAUAAAAGGCUGAGAUUAUUUCUCUGUCAUAAAAUUGUAAAUAGCAUUUUUUAAAUCAGAAUCACAUUUAAAACAGUGGAUUGUUCUACAAAUAUAUAUGUGUAUAUAUACAUAUGCUCUGAACUAAGGAUAUUUAGAGUUUUUAUUUGACUUGUGUUCUUUAGUCAUAGCUAAUCAAAAAAUAAAGAAAUUUGAAUGCAAAACUUUAUAUACAAAUGUAUAUUUCUAAUGGUAGUAUAAAUUGCCACUUUAUAAUAAAAAAAGGAACUGGUGGAAAUAAUCAAAGCACAUGCUCCUUCAGAACUUCAGUGAUUCUGAAUUCCCUUUUUAAUGUAGAAGUGAGUUUUUCUUUUUUUUUUUAAGUUAUCUUAAAAAGCUAUACUUCCUGAAUUGAUUCUAUGAAAAAUCAUCUCAGAUUGAAAAGUUAUGAUUGAGGGCAGGAAAAAGAUGCUAAUGCAGAUCUUUAUUUUCAGGAUUUUUCCUUGGAGCCCAAGUUAAAAAUUCAAUUAUUUUAAAUCUAAAUUACAUGAAAAUUACUAAUGUUCAGAGAUGAUAUAUUAGGUUUGAUAACAGAAGCAAAAAUCUAUCUAUCAGUACAAUAGCUUUAAAAUAAUGUCAUCAUAAACAUUGCAUCAUUAGAUGUUUUAUUAGUUGGAAAGAAUGAGUUGAUGUUUCUUUGUCUUUGCUCCAAGCACAACCUGAAGACACUGGCAUUCAUUUUACUUAAAGCUGUUCAAAAGUCCAAAAUAUACUCCCAUGAAUAGAAUUGGUAUUAGCUCCAUUACAAGGUUAAAUGUUAUGAUUUUAAAAAAGAUUAUUGACACUGAAAUGUUUAAUAAACAUGUUGUAUGAGAAACUGAACAAA